AUGACCUUAAAUCUUUGUGUACUGACCCCUAAUCGAAUUGUUUGGGAUUCAGAAGUGAAAGAAAUCAUUUUAUCUACGAAUAGUGGUCAAAUUGGCGUAUUACCAAAUCAUGCUCCUAUUGCUACAGCUGUAGAUAUAGGGAUUUUGAGAAUACGCCUUACAGACCAAUGGGUAACGAUGGCUCUGAUGGGUGGUUUUGCUAGAAUAGGCAAUAAUGAGAUCACUGUUUUAGUAAAUGAUGCGGAAAAGGGUAGUGAUAUUGAUGCACAAGAAGCUCAGCAAACUCUUGAAAUAGCAGAAGCUAAUUUGAGAAAAGCUGAAGGAAAGAGACAAAUAAUUGAGGCAAAUCUAGCUCUCCAACGAGCUAGGACAAGAGUAGAGGCUGUCAAUGUGAUUUCAUAA